GUUGUUCCGAUCAGCUGCUCUCUGCGGAUAUCUCACUUCAGCAAACAAUGUAGGAGAAACAGCGCAGUGACCGGCACACGGCGCGCAGCAGUCUGAUAGAAAGCUUCCAGGCAGGCAGGGCUGUUGUUUUUGCUCACAAAAUCCGAUCAUAUUUCAGCUCGUCUGUCCGGUUUUUGAACAUUUUCAGUGAUGAGAAAGCGGAAUCAGCCGCCCGGCGCAGAGCAGCAGCAGCAGCAGCAGCACGGAACGGCCACCGGCGCGCUGCUGGACGGCAAGCAGAGCUCCGGGGGAGACGGACAGUGGGGCAAGACCAUGGGCAGGAGGCUCAAGAGGACUGGUCUGCUAUGGAGGCUGAGGAGGAUCUUCCUCUGGGUUUUGGGGAUCUACAUCGCUAUUCCCGUCAUCAUCAAGCUCUUCCCCUCCAUCCAGGCCAAACUAGUGUUUCUAAACUUUGUAAGGGUGCCGUAUUUUAUUGAUCUGAAGAGGCCGCAGGAUCAGGGCUUGAACCACACACACAACUUCUACCUCCAGCCAGAGGAGGGCGUUAAUAUUGGAGUAUGGCACACAGUUCCAGCUGUACUGUGGAAGGAUGCCCAGGGUAAAGAAGGGGAGUGGUUUGAGAAAACGCUCCAGUCCACACACCCUGUCAUGCUCUAUCUCCAUGGCAACGCAGGGACCAGGGGAGGAGACCAUAGAGUGCAGCUCUAUAAGGUCCUCAGUUCAUUAGGCUACCAUGUAGUCACGUUCGAUUACAGAGGUUGGGGGGACUCCGAGGGCAGCCCCUCAGAGAGGGGGAUGACGCUGGACGCUCUGUUCCUGUAUCAGUGGCUGAAGCAGAGAAUCGGCCACAAGCCGCUCUACAUCUGGGGUCACUCUCUGGGCACUGGAGUGUCAACUAACUUAGUGAGACGUCUGUGUGACAGAGGAACGCCGCCGGACGCUGUAAUCCUGGAGUCUCCGUUCACCAACAUCAGAGAGGAGGCCAAGAGUCAUCCUUUCUCUAUGGUUUACAGGUAUCUUCCAGGCUUUGACUGGUUCUUUUUGGAUGCCAUCACAGCAAAUGACAUCCUCUUCGCCAGCGACGAGAAUGUGAAUCACAUCUCCUGCCCAGUCCUGAUCCUCCAUGCUGAAGACGACACCGUCGUCCCUUUCCACCUGGGCAAAAAGCUCUACAAUAUAGCGGCUCAAUCCAAAAGUCUGAGUGGACACAAGGUCCAGUUCAUCCCGUUCCCGAGCUCUCUGGGAUACAGACACAAAUUUAUCUACCGGAGCCCACAGCUGCCUCAUAUACUCAGUGAUUUCCUUGGGACGACUCAUCCCCGUGUGUAGCUGAGAGUCACACCCGCGGAUCGCCCUCUGUGUCUCUCACGGUCACUUUGAAACACACAUGGACACUCACACACACUCCUCUGUCUGCACUGUGUACGCACUCUCUCACACACACACACACACACACACACCCACACACACACACGGCAGAUGUCAGAUGUCUCCCACUCUGUCCCUUUGCAUUCCUUUGUUGGCUAAAAUGAGAGAGAGAGACAGAUAGAGAGAGAGAGAGAGAGAAGGAGAAAGAGAGAGAGAGAGAGCUAAACGAAUCAUUGGCAUGCUGUUACUGAAAGGACGCAGGCAGCUCGAGCACCACAUAUGCAAAGUAAUAUGCAAUCUGCACUAAAUGAACGACUCGGCGUCAGAGAACCUCGCUAUGAAACCACAGGAUCAAGUUCUAGAUAUAAAACUGCACAACAUGUAUAAAAGCGUGGCAGAGAGGUGGGACAGCAUGAUGUUUAUUUACAAUCUGAAGAUGUCAUUCAGCGUCUGCAGCUGUGGAUGUACUGUAGUGAUCAGAGGACGAGUUAAUGGACCUAUUAUCAGUUUUAUAUCCACUCAGUGUGAACUGCACACGCUCGGUUAGGGGUUAAUAUCAGUCUUUACAGAUUGUCUUUUUCUUCCUGCUCUUUGAGUUUUUUGGGGGGCUUUUUUGUCACUUUUCUGUUCUACCGACUUGCUUUCCCAACAAAGUACAGUCGUGUGAAAAAGUUUGUGCACCCCUGCUCAGAUGACGUCCUCUGCAGAGAACACACAACUGCACAUUUUAAUUACUGAAUUUAAAAAAUAAACGAAUAAAUAAAACACAAAAUGUGGUCUGUGUAAAAGUUACGGCAGAUUUUAUAUGAUGUUUUAUUCAAAUUGUGCACUAAACUUAGUGUGUUCACCUAUUUUCACUCAAAUCAAUGCACGUCAUUUGAACUGGGGUGUUCAAACUUUUGCAUACAACUGUAUUUAUGGUAAAAUUGUCCACUCGAGUAUGUGUUCAACUCCAGUAACUGAUACAUAACAGCAGCUAUGAGGUUAACUGUGAACAUUACAGAAAAAGGUGCUGCUUUUGUGCAGGUGACAGGACAACAGGACAAUUACCGUAAUGAUGUUUAGUGAACAUUCACCAAAAUAUAUACAGUACUGUGCAAAAGCCUUAAGCAGCUAAGAAGAUUGUUUGAAACUAUUUUUCUUAGCACUGAGUGUGUUUCUGACAAUAAAAACACAAUAUAACAUUGGAGUAAAUACAAAUAAACAAAAUACAGUAGACAUAAUAAAGAAUGUGUUGUUUUCAGUUAUGAAUAUGUAGAACUCAGGUUUGGUUCCCGACCUCUCCCAACCAUCGCAUAGAUUUGUUCAGCAGCACUUGAUUUGAUUUAAUGAGUGACUUAUUAGAUAAACAAGGUAUUUAUGUUUAUUUGUGUUUAUUCUGAUGUUAGUGCUCAAACAAAACAAGUGCUUACUGCCCAGAUAAAUAGUUUUACCUAUUGUCUCAGAUGUCUAAGCCUUUUGAACAGUGCUGUAUAUACAUCCUUGAAUUUUUUUAAAUUUCUACUUUCACUCACGACAACAAUCUAUUUUUUGCGCACAUGACAUAAGAAGGUCAUAGUCAGUUUAUCAGUUUAUCUCAUUCAGCCUUUUUCUGCAUUUAGACUAUUUUUUGUAACCUCUUUGCACAUCCAGACUGUAGCUGUGUUCCAAAGCCUAGGCUGCACUUCUCGACCGCUACGUCAUAGAAGGCCGCUUCAAAGUGAAGGGCCCUCGUGUACAGCCUAGAAAUGCAACCUACAUUCUGAGUGAUUUUGGGGACGCAACAUAUAUAUCCUUCCAGGCCUUCGGUUACCCACAGUUCCCUGCGCACAAAUGAUGCAAAGGAAAAAACAGCAUCACAAAAAUGGCGGAAAACGAAGCCGUUGGAGCAGAGCUUGUUUUAAAAUGUAAGAUGUUCACGUCGUUGAAUUCAUCUUCGUUAUGUUGUAAAGAGUAAAAUGAUUGAUUAAUUAAAGCAUUCGCCCAUAUAUCGUAUUUUAAUCAGAAGUAUUUGUAUAUAUGUUGUUUAUCGUACUACAUAACCUUGUUGGUGUAUUAGCUACCAUAGCAACAAACACAAGGCAGCGGGUUCCAUUUUCUCUCACCAGUUCCCGCAAUUGUUAGAGGCGGGACUUCUCAGGUGACGUCACCACACAGCCCCGUUAGGACUCUCCCAUUUGUGUGGCCGAUAGUCCUACCGAGGACCCGCCCUACCUCGGUUGCAGCCUAGGCUUUGGAACCUAUUAGGUGGCACGAGGGUGGUUAUGAAAAGAUCUUUAUUUAUUUUCCCUAAAACGUUUAUAAAUCUCGAAUAGCCUGCUUUACACACAACUACAUCAACUGAACAUAUUGUGUGAUUUUAAAAUGAGAUUGACUGAUACCUACAGUUAGAUCAGAAUAAUGUGAAUGAGUUGUUUUUGAGGCUGUUUAAAUUCAGGUAGGUGCUCAUUGAGGCCCCGUCAUUGGAGGAUCACGAGUUUGAUCCCCAGCGAUGCCACGGCCAUCCAUGUCUGGGAGUCAGAGAGGAUAAAGCUGCAUUCAGACAGCAGAGCAUGUUGCAUAUAUCACACCAUUGUAUCCCACAGCAGGAUGCAGGUUUUGCAGACUCUGCUGGGGAGGGUGUGUUUUGUGCGCUGCGAAUCUUCGUAAAUGGAGUUGAAAAAUGAAGCAGAUGAGCUCGUUUCAUCGUGACGCUUUUCACAAGAUAACCAAUCAAAACUGAGGGCAGGGGAAACUGAAACACAGGGCACACGUGGGACUGUACAGUAUGACAGUUUUCAAGAUAUUUAUUAUUUCACUGGCUUAUGUGCCUUCCUGUACAUUGCUGUCAUUGAGGUUUGCUUUAAAAAAAAAA